ACGGCGAAUUUAGUUCUUCAGUAACUAAACCAAAGGAAAAAUGUCUGGCCCUUCCAUAUCGGGGGAAACCCUCGCCGAUAUUAUCAUCAAAACAGCUGUCAAUUUUCCUGAUUUAGUACGUAACCGAACGGUCUCAGAAAUCUUUUCAGUUAUCGCUCAAAACGACACUUUGCUGUAUGCUGUGGCUAAUGUCACCGGUCUUGAACCCGAAGCAAUAGAGAGAACUAUUGUAGUCUUUCUCAAAGUUAUACCCUUUAUGAAAGCUUACAGACCCGACAGAGCCGAUUCAACAGUUAUUCAGAACUUCACUAAUACUAGCUGUGUCCCUGUGCCGACAAGAGGGGAAUUUACAAACUUGUGUCUUGUACCCGCCCUGAUGAUCAUAAUCCUUUUGUCUCUGCUCAAUCAACGUAUUCAUCUGGUCAAGAAGUGCGGUCUGACCAUCACCCGACCCGGAUUGUGCAUCCCGGUUAACCUGCUUGACAGCUAUGAGAAUAGGUUUGGGCACGCAUGCGCUUUCGGAGCAACUAUCAAUCGUUGCCUGGACAUCCUGUUCUUUAGUGACUACUCACAAAUCUUUGACGCGGAGGUAGUGGCGAUGCAGAACGACCCAAGCACACCUUCAUGGGCGGGACUCUUUUGGCGUAUCCUAGCCAUGCUUGUAAUAGGCGUCGCGUAUUAUCCCUUCUUUGCGUGCCUCGCUACUGAUUACAAGAUUGUCGGCGGCUUUAUCGGACUUUUCUACUCCGCAGCAUGGCUGGCAACGAUGGUUUCACAAAUGGCUCAGUGCCCCUUGCGAUACGAGACAUUGAUCUUCCCGGGGGAUCUCCUGGCCAUCGAUCUUCCCACCUACCUCUGCUUGUUCUUUCUUAUGCUCAAGUUCUUGUUUUACGUCAUCCGUGGCCUCGUGAAGCACUUUCGCAGGAAGCAUACUGUCACGUCUGAAGAAUGCGAAGAGGAAGAUUGGAUGGGUUGCUACAAGUCAAAAUACGUAUUGAAGCUUCUUGAGCCCAUACCCAAAGAACUCCGCAAUCCAGACCGCACGACAUUCAAAGACAAGUUGAAAUCUACUGUGUAUAAAUGGAAGCCUGAUCGCCGGCGGGUUCGUCGUCCUUGUAGGCUUCCUGUAUUACUACUUCAUGCAGCUAUUUAAGGACAACCCACAGCUACUACAACAAAUCGGCUUGGCCUUUGAAGGAGGAGAGAUAAGACAGUAUAUUAUUAUAAUAGCCAGUGGCAGGCUUGAAGUACUCGGG